UUACAUGGAAACUAGAUGGACAACUCGAGUUAGAAUAUAAAUAACUUGAUAUCGAUUUACAUGUAAAAGACUACAUAACCAGGCAGGCAGGCAGGCGGAGAGUGAGGAGCAGAGGAAGCGACGGCGGAGAGAACGCGGCCAGCAAUCUCUCGACAAACUGUGGACCUGGUCAAACUUUUCUUUCUUUAGAAAGCAGAGGGAGAGAGAGAGAGGUGAUAUUGAUUAAUCAGUAAUAUAAUAAAUAAAUAAAUGGAUGGAUGAUAGAUGAGAGAAGAUUGGAUGAGAACCACACCGCCAUCGUUACUUUCCCUAACAAUUGACACAGCUGUCCUUAACGUCUCCAACUUUUCUGAUCUCUCUUCCAUACCUGAUCACAUUAUCCUCGAUCUCUUCCUGAGAACACUGAAAGCUGGAAAACUGACUGAGAAAGUUCUGAAAUUGUUUGUGGCGACAGGAAAUGAUGAAGUCCUUGCAUUCAUCCAGGCAUUGAACAUCCAACAUGUCAUAACCCCUGUCCUUCCUACUAGAUGUUCUGAGAAAUUCUAAGAUAGACAAAAUUGUGCAUGAACACUUGGAUACAUUUUAAACCCAAACACGAGCUGCUUUUAGGAGAAACAAUCUCUUGGUUCUGGAUCUUCAUUUUUGUAACUUGGGAAGAUGUCUCUAGCUAACAUCAAAGACAGUGAGGUUGACAUUGUGAUAGGAGCACUUCACUCAGACCUGACAUCAUUUAUGAAUGAGUGGAGACCCAUAUUCUCCCGAUUCCACUUGAUAAUUGUCAAAGACCCUGAUCUCAAAGAGGAACUCAGGAUACCAGAGGGCUUUAAUUUUGAUGUCUAUUCCAAGUCUCAUAUCGACCGGGUGGUGGGCUCUUCUUCCUCCAUAGUCUUCUCCGGCUACUCAUGCAGGUAUUUUGGCUUUCUUGUAUCUCGUAAGAAAUACAUUGUCUCAAUCGAUGAUGAUUGCAUCCCAGCUAAGGACAGUAAGGGUUUUAUAAUAGAUGCUGUGGCCCAGCAUCUUGCUAACCUGACCACCCCAGCCACUCCUUUUUAUUUUAAUACUCUCUAUGACCCUUAUCGUGAGGGAGCAGAUUUUGUUCGUGGGUACCCAUUUAGCCUGCGUAGUGGGGUUACGUGUGCUCUGUCAUGUGGACUCUGGCUUAAUUUAGCUGACUUAGAUGCCCCUACCCAAGCCCUGAAGCCAGGACAGAGAAAUUCUCGAUAUGUUGAUGCUGUUAUGACCAUUCCAUCUAGGGCCAUGAUGCCCAUCAGUGGAAUCAACAUUGCUUUUGAUCGUGAGGCUGUGGGGCCGGCUUUAUUGCCAGCUUUGAAGUUGGCUGGGGAAGGAAAUCUUAGAUGGGAAACAAUGGAAGAUAUUUGGAGUGGAAUGUGUGUUAAGGUUGUGUGCGAUCACCUUGGUCUUGGUGUGAAAAGUGGGCUACCGUAUGUGUGGAGAAAAGACAGAGGUAGUCCGAUAGAAAGCUUGAAAAAAGAGUGGGAAGGGGUAAAGCUGACGGAGGAAAUUGUCCCGUUCUUUCAGUUAGUGAGGCUGCCACAAACAGCAGCUACAACAGAAGACUGCAUCCUUGAGAUGGCAACAACAGUGAAGCAACAGUUAGGACCAUCAAAUCCUGUUUUCACUCGUGCUGCUGAAGCCAUGGUUGAAUGGGUCAAGCUGUGGAAGGCAGUUGGGUCUGGUUCCUCUCCUUUGUAGAAAAGGGUGGUUUUGAUGGUUAUGUUUCUAGUUCCGAUUACUGUGUUUGCUUGCAACUUAUGCCUUUUGUGAGGUAGGAGUAAAACAUGUUAACUAUAUUUAUGGUUUGUUUUAAUUUUGUGUUUGAGGGGAGCCGUUAUGACAAUCUUGCCUCUUACCAUGUAAUUUAAACAAAAGUGGCAGAACGCUUUUGAGC